UCAGCUCCGGUGAGACUCUGAUUGAAACAGAUUGUAGCGCUCUCCGGGUCGCAAUGGCAACUGUCCCAACAGGACGGCGACACCAACUUUUUUCAUGUUUUUAAUGUUACGGAGGCACUAUACGUCGCGGAAGAAUCUACUUUCUGAUGUGAGAAAUAAACGUUACAGAAUUUCUUCAGCCCGAAAAUGUCCCAGGGAUGUACCGUUUCUGUGGAAGAGAUCCAGUCUUGGUGGGAAGUCCCCGCCAUAGCCCACUUCUGCUCGCUGUUCAGGACAGCAUUCAACCUUCCAGACUUUGAAAUAGAGGAGCUGGAGAAAGCCCUGUCAGAACAGGACUUGGAUUUCCUUGGGGAUCUCGUUGCCUGUCUGUUGCAGGGAUGCUACCAGCGCACUGACAUCACCCCCCAGGCGUUUAGCAGUUACCUGGACGACAUCAUCAGCUACCGCUGGGAGCUGGAAGAGGGGAAACCCAACCCACUUCGAGAGGGGCCCUUUGAGAGUUUACCCCCUCGCACUCAGGUGGAGCUGCUGCACCGGCUGUGUGAUUACCGUCUGGAUGCUGCUGAUGUCUUUGACCUGCUUAAGGGCCUGGAUGCAGACAGCCUGAGGGUGGAACCCCUGGGGCAGGAUGGAAAUGGAGCCCUCUACUGGUACUUUUACGGCACUCGCAUGUACAAAGAAGAGCCAGUGACAAAGAAAGUAGGAAAACACAGUUACUGCCCAUCUCUGCUUUUAAGCAUGACAUUUUUUGUAGGGACUUCAUGGCUUUAUAUUUCUUAUAGUGAGGUGGAAAGUGAUGUGCCAGAGGUGAAGACGGAUCACGAAUUGGAAGAUCUUCCUCCAACCACGGGCCGUAAGCGAGGCGCUUGGUCCCUGGUGUGUGAUACAGAGGAGCAGUGGCUCAGUCUGGCAGAAAGCAUCAAGGACAAAACCUCCCCACAGGAUCGCCACCUCUACCGUGUCAUUAGCCAAAACUUCCUGCCUGAGAUCAGCAACAUGAUUGAGCACAAGGAGCGUGAGCAGAAGCAGAAGCUGCUGGACCCAAACCCAGUUCGCGUUUCCCAGCGGUUCUCUCAAAAUCACAUAAAACAUGAGGAGAGGGAUAAUCUCAAGGCCGGAAUGGAGGAGGAGGAGGAGAAGAAAAAAGACGAAGAGCUGGACAGGCAGGUCCUGCUGGCCGAGCAGAGACGAGAAGAGGAAAGGCUUCUGCAGGAAGAACGGCAGAGAGAGAAGCUAGAGAAGAUCAAAGCUGUGGAGGGUAAGAUGCCCCUAAGCCCCCUGUCUGGAGCCAUCCAUCCAACUGAAUACUCUCCUCAGGGAAUAGGGGGAGAAUACACCAUCAUGGCCGAGUCUCUGGAGCGUUGUUUUAGCCGAGCCUUAUUAAAACAUUUCCCAUCCGAGGAUGGUGACACGGACGAAGAGUUCCACGUCAGUCGAGAAGACAAGGAGCGCAAGGAAAGAAAACGCAGCCGUAACAGCAAAGCUUUCGGGCCUGAAAGUUUGAUCAGGGCUACUGAGCAAGCGCAACGUAAGCGAAGCUCACAGAAGGGCAAAAGUAGCGCAACUUCAGAGGAGGAUGCCAGGCUGGCACGGCUGCAUCCUCAUUGGGCUAACGGCCCCCCUCACCCGCACAGCUUGCCUCCAAGCCAGCAGCAUAUCCGGGAAGGAGAUAUGAGGGGGUUAUACCACCCAGGGCAACAGCUCCGUCAGCCUGGUCCACCUGGGCCUCACGGUCCACACAUGUAUGCCCAAAGAAUGGCCAUGGAUCCCCGCUUUGCCUACCAGGUUCACUUCUCCAGACAAGGAGACCCCAACUUAAACCAGUUGCCUCACAACUUUAACAUUCAGCAACGCAUGAUUGAGCCACACCACAUGGGUCCUAGGUAUCCAGUGGGUCCAGAUCCAAACCAGCAGCAGCACUCGUACAUGGGUCCGACUCAUGGCCCAUGCUUAGGACCACGUCCCAUGACCCUACAGCCUGGAGCUCCUCCUGAAGCCAGCAUCUACCCAUCCCACCACCGUCCAGAGGGCCACACUGUGCAUCCUAUGGGGAACAGGUUCUCAGGCCCGGAAGUAUCACCUCAGCACAACUACCCAGGCUUGAGACCUGCUGGCAUGCCACUACCUACUAUGUGGAGUGGUAUGAAUCAACAGGGGCAGGAGAGGCCCAGCGGCAUGUCUAUUCAAGACCCAAACAUGGUGAACCAGCGCAACUUUAGUUACGGUGGAAUCCCCCCACCUGUGGGUCAUAAACCGUGGCCAGAAGCUGCCGGAUAUCCCAACCAUCCUUCCAACGCCCAGUUUCAAAUGACUGCAGCAGCCAGCUCCCCUGGGCUCAUGUCUGCACGUCCCACUGCGCCCCACUCAGACUCCUCCGGCAGGACACGCUUGGCUUCCAUGCUGGAAAGCCCAGAGAUGCUGGCCCUGCAGCAGCUGUCAGCGUCUUCUGGACCCCCUGCUGGUGCCCCUCAUCAGCACACAGGCAACUUUCAGCAGCCUGGGCCCCCAUCAAGAAUUGGCAGCAUCCCAGCUCACCCCUCUCAACAGCUUCCCCCUGCCCCUGAGGUUCAGCUGCUGCAUCCUGCUAGAGACAAAGGCCCAGAUAGACAGCCUCCCCAGCAGACAAACUUGCACCCCAAAGGUAGAGCUGACCUUCUCUUGCUCGAGCCUACGAGGCUGGACACGAGAAGCACUGCCAUGUCUCCACAGCACACCAGGAUGACAUCGAGCGUUUAUAAACACCCGGCUUUUAGUCCAAAUCGCCAUCAAACUCAGUUGGUGGGUAGUAAUGUGGGAAUACAGGCUCCAAGCGGGCCAUCAGAUGGGCACAAUCCAGCCGUACCGCCUCACUCGCAAGGCCCAGAGAAUUCAACGAUGAGUACUUACGGCAUGGGGAACCCUCCACUUCCACACUACAACCGGGCUAAUAUGAAUAGGUCCAUACCUCCGUCUGCUCACCACCCAUAUCAUAACCAGUCCAUUAAUGCUCUCCACAAUCUUGCUCCCAACACCAACUACCAGCAGCAGCAGGGAGGGUCAACCUACCCCUACCACGUGCCAGGUCAACCGCACCCUCAUGGUCAUAGCAAUGUGUACCCACCUCAUCAGUAUCAGCAGCAGCAGCGCUACUAUGCCCAACCCCAUCCCCAAACUCAGGCCCAUAACCAAGCCACGGGCAGAGGGGGUUACCCUCCAGAGGAGUGGCAUCGGCCUCAUUAUCAGUCUCACCAGGCAAUGCCGCACAAUGCCUACUUACCUGUAGCCAGCGCCAGAGCUAAUGGUCAGCUAAAGGAGAGCAGUGUCUCACCGCUGGGGUCUGAAGGCUCCAGCGGUACAAGUUUGGUUUCCCCAGGCCCGAUGCCAGAAACAGGGACUCAUCCUGGAGGCACAGAGGAAGGGAAGUGUGAAAACCAGCAAGCUGGCGGAGGCAGCAGCAUCAAUGGCAGUCCAGCAAAGCGGCCCCACAACGACGCCUCAGAGCAACCCGAAAGCCCAAAAGAAAUCCUGGACCUCGACAGCCAUAAUGCUGCUGCUCAACGCCGCAGCAUGCAGCAUCCACAUGCGUCUGUGGCGCACAUGACGUCGGGUUUUGUGUACGACCCUCGAGCCUUACAUCCAGGAAUGCAGCAAGGCGUCGUCCAUCACAUGAUGUCCCAGGCCCGUGGAGCUGGAAAUGGAUCCCCUUACGCUGGCCAACCGUACCCCGAUCCACGACACUAUGCUGCUCAAAGACCCCACUCACACCUGAUGGAAGCGCUGCAGCGGCCCCAGCAGCUUCCCUAUUCCCCUGGCCAAACACGCAUGGUCAUGUACAGACACCCCCGACCUGGGGGGCACUUUCAGGGCAUGAUGAUUCAGCAGCGAGGUGUGGGACCAGAACGCUUCAUACAUCCAGGACAACAGAUGAUGGCUGCUCCAAGCGGCCUUGGCAGUAAACAGGGAUUGUGAUUAAAAGACGAUGUUGUCAACGAACAUCUGGAUAAACCAGUGAGCCAAACCGCUUCUGAGAAGAGGAGACACUUUUUUCCGAAUAUAUUUCCUACUGAUAUUCUGCCACUGUGCAACAGUUUUGUUCAGCAGUGGAAGUAAAAAUCCAGCCAGGCAGCUGGUACUACAAAGUAGAAUUAAAAUGUGAAAUGUUACUGA